UACUUAAGAAGCAUAGAGAUUUAUGAAUAUAUUAUUAAACAAUUCUGAUUAAUUAAUUACAACGGUUUACAUUCUUGUAACUUUGAAAGUGAGUUGUAAUUGUAACGGUUGUCCAAGGUUUAAUGAUACUUUUGAUGGUUUUGUGAUUAUCAAGUACAAUUUUUAUGCACUCAAGUCAGGCGUUGUGGAAGCAUGGAUUCUUUAGAAACAUCUGUAUCAAUCGAAAUAACAACCAAUUAUUAUCAAAAGUGAUAAUAAUAACAAUUAACAAAAAUUAAGUACCUUUUUCGAUCAAUGUUUGCCUUUGCAAAUCGUCUAUUCAAGUUAAGUCAACACUGAUGACGGAAACAUCAUUAUCAAUGUAAAGUGACUAAUGAAAAGUUAAUCCAGCUCAUCGUACCAAACUGAACAAUUAGCACUUUUCCUCCUCUUGAAUCAUUUACUAGCAAUAAUCCUACUUUUCAAUCCAAUCUAUGAUUGAACAACAUUUAACAACCAAAAUGGCAGCAAAAGCAGCAACAGCAACAAACGAUUAUCCAGUUUGCCGUGUUUGUUCAGAUCGAGCAUCCGGUUACAACUUCGACAUUCUUACCUGUGAACCAUGUAAAUAUUUCUUCAGUCGGAAUAUCUACAGAUUAGAUGAACUGCAAUGUCCACGCAACAAUGACUGUCCCAUCGAUCGAAUGACCAGAAAAGGCUGUCGCAAAUGUCGACUGGUUAAGUGUUUCCAAGUUGGUAUGCAUCGAAAUCGAAUAAGAAAACUGGCCAAACAAAAAUCUCUGCUAAUGUGUCUUUUGUCUGAACAGUCAAAUGAUUGCUUCUCUUUCGAUAAACCCAUUUUCCCUGAAAGUGGUCCGAAGAAAAGAACCAAAAAUGAACUUCCGAAGAGUUCAAAUUAUUAUAAUUCAACAGAAAUGUUACAAGAUUGGGAUUCAAUUUCAUCAACGAGUCAAACAGCCGAAUCAUUAUCAUCAAACAGCUCAUCAAAAAGUUUUACUCAAGAUUUCUCAAACCCAUUAAACUCUUAUCCAAUACAACAAAAUAUUUCAACUGAUAGUGAAUCUGUGAACAUUAAAUCAUUUUCAUUUUGUGCAUCAACCAAUAAAGGACAGUUUCCCAGUCAACCAAGUUUAGACCAAACUGACUCGAUGCAAGGAUCAGUGAAAUCACCAUCUUGUGACUCUCCUACACCAGUCAGUGUAAUCAUGAAUGGUUCCAGGUUGGAUUCAUGUCAACUUGCCAGCAAUGAAGUCAAUGUUGAAGCAAAAGCGGCGGAUGACCAGGAUAUUGAGGUGAUGGAAGACAGCUUGGAAGAGCAAAUUAACCCGAAGUUGCAAUUCAAUUCGGUUUGUGAAGAUAAAAAUGGUUGCCAGGAUUUGUCUCUAAGCUUAACAGAGAUAAAGACUAUUGAAAGGGUUGUUGAAGCUUUUUAUUCCUUCAGUCAACCUUUACCUAGAAAUGAAAAUGUCUCUGUUGAAACAAUUAUUCAAUUCACUGAUAUUUAUCUAGAGAAGCUGAUAUCUGGAUGCAGAAGUUUAUCUUUUUUCUGCGACAUGUGCCUCGAUGAUCAAAUUACUUUGGUUAAGUUUAGUUUUCCCGUCAUUUUGUCGGUUGAGAAGCAUUUCUCGACCCUUUCAACUGCCAAAAAUGAGAUUGGUGAUCAAGCCAAACUGGACACGUCUAUGAUUGCUAUUGACUAUUCACUUGUUAAUCAUUUGGUUAAAGAUCCAAAAGUUAUUUGCGUCUUGAUUGCCGUCAUUUUGUACAAUCCUGAUCUUCAUAAUUUGCGAAAUUCACUCACUAUAAGGAAGGAACGGCAGUUGUAUAUCAAACUAUUGAGACGUUAUCUUGAAUCUCAAUGUGGUUCACCGUAUCAAGCGCGAGUCAAACUCUUCGAUUUAAUCAAUUUAACCAACAGACUGAUAUUCACCCAGCAACAGCGCCAGUUUAAUUCAAACGGAUAUUAUUAUUUAUAAUCAUCUUAUUUUAUUAUCUUAUCAUAACUUAUUAAUCGUUUCAUCGUUUGACUGCCAAAUAUUGUAGUUAACACUCACAUUGGGUUCAAUGGAAUUUAAUUAUGGAAAUCAUUUUCAGUCCAAUUAAAGCUGGGCAGCUGAUGUUUGUGGUUUUUUUAUAAUUACCGAAAAUGAUUGUACAUUGUUUCUGUCAUUUGUAAAUAGUUUUUUUAUUUAAUAACAGAUGGUGGUUUCAACCUUUUUUUCUGGUUCGAGACUGCAAACGAUUUGUUAUUUUGUACAGAACUUGAAUAAUAAAUAAAAUAUCAUCGUAAUUGUCACUUUUUUAA